AUGGGCUGUGGAUCAUCAAAAUCAGAGUUCAUUCAAGUAGUGAAUGCACCUUCAACGACGACUUCUACAACAGACAGACCAGAACGCCAUGUCCAUUUUCCCGACCCUGAAUUUGUCCUUCAUAAGAUACCAGACACCAGACAAAACGGUAUCAGUCACAGCACCAGUGACAACCGACCGGUCUUCAAACGCGUCCAGUCGCCCAAGAUCCCUGGCAAUUCACGUGCAGCUAAUUUCAAGAUGGCUCCACCGCUAGUACCGACCUCGCCUAAACUGUCUGUGCCAAGAAAGAAACCUAAAGUACCCCUAGCGGACGUGGAACUGCCCCCACCGCGUCCUCCAGCAACCAAAAGGGAGGAUAUUAUUCCAGAUGUAACGGCCUUAAACAAAGUGGACGAGCACGCCCUCUCUGCUCCAAGAUCAAUGGAAGGGUCGCUCGAGAUCCUAGCAAGAUACCUAAUGUUACCGGCACAAACUGACCUGGAGAAAGUCCGAGGGUUUUACAGAUGGAUCACAAACAACAUAGCGUACGACACUGACUCCCACUUCCUGGGAAAGCGGAAGCCGGUGGACGCUGAAUCUGUUCUCAGACUGAAGAGAGCCGUUAGUUCUGGAUAUUCCAACCUGUUCGCAGGAUUAUGCAGAGUUGCCAGGAUCCCCGCGAAGUGUAUCCAUGGUUUUGCAAAGGGCUUUGACUAUAACCCGUUUGAGAACUUUCAUGAGUUGGACACUACUAAUCACUGCUGGAAUGCAGUUUUUGUGCAGGAUGACUGGCGAUUGAUCGAGUGCUCCUGGGGCGCCGGUCACCUCGAUUCCAACAAAAAAUUCAUGUACGCAUACAAAGAAUUCUAUUUCAUGCCAGACCCUGAAAACGUCAUAUUUGCACACUUUCCGUGUCUGAGCACAGAUCUAGAGGAGAGCAAACUCUGGCAAUUUCUUGAAAAGCCAGUGGACUUAACAACAUUUAAUAAAGUUUUGAAACCUGUAUACAGGGCCAUUGAUUGGGGAGUGCAAUUCGUGUCGCAUAAAAUAAGCGUGUUGGACGUCUGGAAAAAGGUUAAUGUUACUAUCCAAAGUGGCGAUAAGGUUUGUUUAGGAGUUGUUAGUGCACAACUUAUUCAGAACGAAAAAGAGGUCCGGCAACAUAUUAUGGUUUUAAAGUUGUCAGAUGGCAAGUUUCAAGUGACGGCCCGUCCACCAACAAAAGGUAAAUACAUUUUGAAAAUACUUGGUAAUAUUGAUCCUGACGCCACAGAAACUCUCGGCCUUGUAGAAUACUACCUUCGGUGUCAUGAAGCUAUACCAGACUGUCAGCCCUAUCCGGAUCAUUUUGGGCCAUGGGGUCCUGUCCCAGAAGUGAAGUCAUUUGGGUUUAUUUCCCCAGAAUCUAUAAAUCCUUCGAUUGUUACAGACAAUGGUCGGGUAACUUUUAGUUUGGCGACAAGUAAAUGUAUGGAAGUGGUCACACGACUCAGUUAUGGGUUAGGAAACAUCGCAGACAUUGAUGACUACGCAAUGGUGGAGAGUACAGCCAAUGAAAUUCACGUAACGGCGCAUUUCCCCAGAGAAGGUUUCUAUAAACUCAAGCUAAUGAGUAAGUCGGACAAAGAUGAGUAUAAACAAGCCAUUAACUACAUCAUCGAAUGCCGUAAGACUAUAGAACAGUGUUCACCCCUUCCUAAAGUUUACAAGUUUGCGCGGGAAUAUCAAUGUCGUCUGCUUGAACCAUUGGAUCUCCUAGUGACAGGCAGAACACAAAUUAUUGUGCGGUUUACGUCUGUUAGAAUAAAAGCAGCGUCUAUUCUCGGACGUAAAUUUGAGAAUAAUAAUGAUGAAUGGGAAGCGGUAGUGACGUCAUGUUCACCUGGUGAGAAAUUUAUCAUUUACGGAAGUAUAUCCGGUACUUCAGGAUCAUUCAAGAGUUUGUACGAAUUCAAGAUCAUCUGA